AUGCGGCAGAGCCAACACAAGAACGCCAGGCAACAAAGCCACUCUCUGAACUUCAAUACAUCGUCCAGACACUACAACUUCAGGCUCAAGCCCGCAGCUGCGUGGUCACACACAACGGUGACGUUUUUGUGUUCCCGGAGGUACGACGACGGCACCUGCGGGUCGCUUGCCUGGCCGAACAACGUCUUUUCAAGCGCCCAGGCCUUGGCCUUGCCGAAAACAAGAAGCACAAUCUCGUCCAGGUUGUCCAAAAUGGUGGAGAUGCCCACGGAAAGCGCCAGUUUGGGCACGGCCGCCUCGGAGCCGAAAAAACGGCUGUUGGCCCUGACGGUGCUGGCGGCUAGAGAAACGCGGCGGGUCUUGCUAUUUCUCGCCAGGCCGGCCUCGUUGAAGGCCAAAUGGCCCUCUGGGCCCAAGCCUCCGAGAAACAAGUUGAUUCUGCCAAAGCGGCGGAUCUGGGCCUCGUAG